AUGGUGGUGGCUGACUGGCUGUCGUGCUCUGCUCUGCUACCCCCGGCGCCGGCGGUGACUCAUGGUGCAGAGAUGGAGGGCGGCGACUCUCGACUCUCGAGACUCGAGUUGUUGUUGGGAGGCAGGCGUGGCGGCGACUGGAAAUCAGUGAUGGGAGGGCGGCGGCGACGGCGACUGAGGGUCGGGAGACGGAACGGAAUGGAGUUUUGGCUGCUGGUCGCUGGAGGGUCGGGAGACGAUCGAUUCGAAGGAGACUGGCUGGCGGCUGCUGGAGGUGGAGGGCGAGACUCGAGAGGCAGAGAGGAGAGGCAGAGGCCGAGAGGGUUAGGGGUUGUUAGGGCUUGUUUCGGUUGGGAUUGGGUCAUUGGGAGGCUGGCUGCUGGGCUGGGUUUCUUCAAUUGGGUUUGGGCUUGCAGCCCAGCCCUUGCCCCUUGGCCCAUUACCACUUACUAG